AUGGCAGUCACGCCCACUCUGUACAUCGCGGACAACAAGGCGGGUGUCAUCUCCGUGUGGCAGCUUGGUCAGCCAUCGACCCUACUUGCAGAGUGGAGGACAGAUGCUGUCGGUAAUGACAAAGAGGUGGUGCAAGACGCGGACGGAGAAGCAGCGAGAGAAGUAGAGGCGGAACCGGCGAAACCCAAAGAGGUCACGGGCGUUCGUGUCCCGCGCAUUGCAGCGCUUGCGGACAGCAGCAACAAGUUUGCCUUCGCAUACGGAAACACAGUGCACUUCUACCUCAUUGAACACCGAAGCAUGACCAGCAGCAGCAGCAGCAACAACAGGAGCAGCAGCAACCUGCUGGCGAUCGGCACUGCGCGAGGUUAUAUGUUUGUGUGUGACGUCGCCAACCACAAGGUCCUCAGCAAGCUCAAAGUGAGCAGAAACGUUCCGGUCAAGUUCGGCGUCUUUGCCCGUCGCAGCAGCAUCUUGUUCGUCAACUCUGUUGAGAGCGUGAUCAAAGCAGAUGACAUGGUCAUGUGCGAUCACCAGCGCCUGCUCACUGUUUCAAGCAGCGUUUCACGAGGCAGGGUUGCCCUGUGGGCGCUGGGACCGACCCUGAACCGCGCCAUGAUCCCCACAGAGCAGUUUGACCUGUGCCAUUUCCGCCCAACAACAGACCCCAGAUGCCGCCCCGACGCCAUUGUGCCUGUUGUUGUUCCACCAGCAACACCUCCCGCAGAUGCGCACAAGCUUGCUGACUACGAUGUCACUGCAUUGCCGUACCUGACAUCAUCUGCCAAGCAUCUUGACAUGGCAAAGAAGAUGAUGGAAGGUGUGGUGUGUGUGGACUUUGUUGAGCAGCCAUCCAUGCUCACCACCGCCACCAUGCGAUCCAAGGACGUCAACGUCCAGACCAUCGUCAACUUCUUUGUCGCAACAGCACGCAGCACAGAGACCAGAGGCGACGCCGGACGCAUGCUGAGCAAGCCAUUCCUCAACAUUCCCAGGCUCGGCCCUGCCUUCACGGCCGACGUGACCUUGUUCACCAAGCACUUCCCCUCCAUCGCCUCUGCCUUCCUGGACAGCCUCGGCCUCGUGCGGACGCGUGUGGACGCUCCGGCAGAGGUCCAGUUGCCGUCGUCACGCAUGAUCGUCACGGGCGCGAACACCCUCAGCAUCAACCGCAACCUAUGGGCCGACAUGCGUGAGUCUGGUGAGCUGGCCAAGCUUCAAGACGCCAACUCAGCGGCUUCCCUGGUGGAGGCGCGCGUGGUGCCGUUGCCGCGUGCUGCUGGGUUUGUGAAUGACGGCCCCAGCCUGCUUGAGACGCUGGUGGACACGGGCGAUGCUGAGCUGUUUGGCAGCUUCAUUGUUCGCGCCGUCAUUCAGUACAAGUGGCAGACGAGCGGGCAGCGCCUGUUCCUGUGGGAGGCGGCGUGGUACAUGCUCUCUGUGGCGCUCAUCACCGCCCUCACCUUCGUCUUCAACACCAGUGGCAAGGACGUGGCCCAGCUGCUGGGUGCAGCCGACAACAGCAGCAACAGCAACAACGGCAGCGAUGUCGUGUCAGUGGUGAUCAUGGUGGUGCUGGGCGUGCUGGCUGGAGUGGACAUGCUGCAGGAGGUGCGGCAGUCACGGUUGGUGCACGGCUACUGGCUCGACUUGUGGAACUGGCUGGACGUGACGAAUGUGGUGUUGGUGUUUGUGGUGCUGGGCGCGUACUUUGCUGGGUGGCAGCACGCGCGCGCGUUCUUGGCGCUUGCGGUGUAUCUGCGGUGGUACGGGCUGUUGUACUACCUGCAGCCGUUCCAGUCGACUGGCCCGCUGGUGCGCAUGAUCCUGGCCAUCUGCUUCGACAUGCGCUACUUCCUGUUGGUGCUUGGUAUCAGCAUCGUGGCCGGGUGGACGUCGUUCCGGCUGUUGCUGCGUGAUGAUACCACGCUGCUGGUUGAAGGACUGGGCGACCCAGCCAAUGGGCUGCUGCUUAUGUUCAACAUGCUGUUGCUGGCAGACUUUGAGCUGGACACCUUUGACGGCGACUACGUGGCGCUGCUGCGCAUCCUGUUUGUCAUCUCCAUGGUGUUGGUCCCCGUCGUGCUGCUGAACCUGCUGAUUGCGCUCAUGUCGGACUUGUACGAGCGCAUCCAGGACCGCGCAGACAUUGAGUUCCAGCUGCUGCGCGCACGCGUCUUGCGGGAGCAGGACGCAUGGCUGACGCAGGAGGAGCAGAUGGAUGCGCGACGCUUCCCCAUGUGGCUGCACGUGCUCGUGCCCAAGGGCAGCGGCGUCGGCCGUGACGGUGGCAGCGUGCAGUGGCAGGGCGUGCUGCACGCGGUCAAGAAGAGCCGGUGCAGGGAAUGGGGUUUACUUGAGUGGUUGAUGUGA